AUGAUUAACCAAACGGCCUGCAAAUACCUAAACAAAAAAUAAAGGGAAAGACAAUGUGUGUCUACCGUCCUUGAAACAUUCAAAAUAUUGGCCUUUCACUUGUCAAAUGCGUUCUCUUGCUGCCAAAUGUUCUUUUUCACUCCACUUUCUGUUUGUCAUUUUGUUUUUAAAUCAACCCCAUUAGUUUAUAUGAUGGUCUUUCACCAAUCAGUAUCUCUAUCAUUCUUCUUUACUCUCUUCUCCCCUUAUUUUUUCAUUUCUCUCAAGACUACACACACACACAUACCACAAGACUAGACUAAACCUGGUUUUCAUAUCACAGUUUCAGUUGGAGUUUUCUUCUAACAAGCUUGAUUCUUUUGCCAGAGAUGUUUCAAACCAAGACCAACAACAACAAAAUCUCAGUUACAAUUUGGUGAAAACAAUUCACUUUUUGUGAGGGGAUUGAUUAAUUUCAUAUAAAUGGCUUCAUCUUUAGAGGAGCUUCUUGCAAAGGAAGGGUUCAAAGGAAGCAGAAGAGUCACAAAGGCUCGAUCUUCCUUCCACCAUGGUGCUUCAAGUGAGCCACUCCACUCUUUGGAAGAUAGACUUUGUGUAUCAGGUGAUAGAAUUAAAACACACAGAACAAAGUCCAAUGACUCACUACAUCAGUUUAGAAGUAGAUUGUCAAAAAGUGAUACUCACUCUGCUAAGAACCAGAGGCCAAGAGAUAAUGAUUUUACAGGAGACAAAAAUGAUGAACCGUUGAAGAACGAGACUGAGAAGAAAUCUUCAAGGGACUCAAACGCAGGCAAAAGAUUUGAUAAAAAAUCAUCAGAAGACAAGUCAAGGUAUGGGGUGAGUGGGAAAGAAGAUGGUAGAUUUGAUGAUGUUUAUUCAAACCGAGUGUCUAAUGCAAAAAGAGGCAAUGAAGAAUAUUUCAAUGAACUUGUGGAAAAGGAAAAGAUAGGCAAGAUGCAUAGCAGAAGUUCUAGUAUACAUAUGCUUAGACUCUCGAGUGCAAUUAGAACACAAGACUCGAACACGAGAUCUAAUAGCAAAGGCUUUGAAGAUAGCAGGAGUAAAAAUGGCCAUCUUGCUAUGAAAGCAGAUUCUAAUCUUCCUCUUGAUGAAGUUGCUGUCCAAGCAGUAGUUUCCAUUCUAAAUGGAUAUAUAAAUAGUUUUCAAAAGGAUGAAGAUUUUCGGACUACUUUGCGCCACAACUGUUUCUCCUCCUUGAAUUUUAUUGAACUGGGUGAAGAGAACAAUAGUGAGACCAAAGUCAUUAGAAGUCUUGAGCAAGCAAUUGAAACCAUAGAAAAAUCUGCUGAGGAACCUAUUUCUGCCACAUAUCUGAAAAGAGCCACCAUGCAGCUUAGCAUUAUUACAGGUUUGAGUUUAAAUGAUUUAAAGUAUGCAUGUACAUGUGGGAUCCCAAAUUAUAAGUUGUCAGCUUGUGCUCAUCUUUAUCUCAGUGUGGUGUAUAUGACACAAAGAAAAAACAAAGUGUCAGCAAAGCAUCUCUUGCAAGUGUUUUGUGAUUCACCUUUGCAGGCAAGGACAAUUUUGUUGCCUGAACUGUGGGAGCAUCUAUUUGCUCCACAGUUUUCCCAUUUGAAGGCAUGGUUUAAUAAAGAAGCUGGAAUUCUAGUAGAUACACCAAGCAAAACAAGAAAGCUAAGGCUUCUUCAGAAAGUGUAUAAUGAACAUUUGGAUUCUGGAACUCAUAUAUUUGCGGUGUAUUACAAAGACUGGCUCACUGAAGGGGUAGAAUCUCCAACUAUUCCUUCUAUUUGCAUUCCAUCAAUAUCUUCUAGUGGAAGCCAGCAGGGAAGUUCACUUGGUAAUUCUUCAGAGUCGUCUAGCUCUACUGAACCAUUCUCACCACAGCCAAUGGUCAGCAAGAAACUGUAUGAAUCUGUCUUUGCUAGCUCUAGUAGGCCAGAAGCCUGUGAAGUUGGUGAUAAUCAGGAUGAAGAUAGCCUAGAAAAUUGUGUGAGAGGCUCUUAUGGUUCAACUAUUGUCAAACAAACAUUAAUAUAUGAGUCUGAAACUGUUAGAUUUACAGAUCAAGAAACUGAAGAUUUCACUCAAAGUGGUGCACCAACUGAUGCAUUACAUCCGCUAAAUAAGGAAAGUUCUACUUCUGAAGGAUCAUAUUUUCCGAGCAUUCCACAGGAAUUUAUCUGUCCUCUGACUGGAAAUAUCUUUGAAGAACCCGUCACUCUAGAGACUGGUCAAACCUUUGAAAGAGAAGCCAUGAAAGCAUGGUUUGAAAAUGGAAACAGAACAUGCCCGAUAACAAGAAAUACUUUAGAAUGUGUAGCCAUGCCAUUGACCAACCUUAUUUUGAAGCGUUUGAUAGAUGAUUGGAAGUCCGAACGGUUUAAUCUCCUUCUGGAUUUCGCUUCUCAAACAGUGGAAAUUUCGGAGAUGCUUAGGUUGAAAAAGAAGGAUGAAGCUGCUGUUUUCAAGUUAGAGGGUCUUCUCUCCUCUUUGAAAGAAGAGGAUAAAUCCACUUAUGCAAAGCAUCUCAUCUCUAUAGGUGUUCUUUCAUUUCUCUUUAGGAGGUUUGAACUGGGAAAUAUGGAGGAGAAAUCACAUGUCAUAGCACUCUUGCUAAAUUUUAUUCGUGCAGACUCUAGUUGCAUAUAUCAGAUAGCAAGAAGUGUUAACAGAAAAUGUCUUCUAGAGCUUCUUCAUAGCAAGGUUACCCCAAUAACAAACGCAAUACUACUCCUUACUGAACUUGUAUCUAUGAAGAGGAGAACAGAUGUUACUUCAUUCAUAAGUGGCUUGGUGGGUGAAGAUGUAUUUAGUACAAUGCAUGUUCUGCUCACGUAUCUCGAGAAUCCUUCUCUACUUGAAAAGCCUCUAAUUGCUGUCCUUUUGUUACACUUUGGUCUACUGGUUGAGCCUGAUAGGUUUAGCAUAUACAGAGAAGUGGCUGUGAAUGCCAUUGCAGUGGCACUUGACGCCAGCUUAAACGAUGAGAAGGCCCGAAAAAAGUGUUGCAGAGCACUUCUAAUCUUAUGUGGCCAUUUUUCUUCUGAAGGGAAGACAACGACCAAGACUAGCAUCUUAAAGCAUGCAGGCUAUAAUAAUGAUGACUCAGAAUUAAAACCUCCUAGACAUAAAGAAGAGGGUCAACAAUCAUAUGUAACCAUUUCAUCAGAAGAUGACGAAGAAAGGGGUGAAGAGUUGCUAAUGAACUUGUUAGAAUCAUUAAUUGGUGAUGGGGAAAGCCCAUUUCUAAAGACCAUAUCAAGAUGUUUAGAUUCUAGACACCUAGACUUGGUGAGGACAUGCCUAAUAACUGUUACAUGGUUGAGCUCCUCACUAUCAACACUAUUUCAUGCUGGAUUUCAUCUUCGCGCCUUCUUAGCUAUCAGCUCUCAGUUGAAAAGAAUCUUGGAAAAUGGAGAAAUUGAACUCAAGAUUCUUUCAUCUGUGUCCUUGCUUAACUUCAGUAAAAUAUCAGAAUGCAGAAUGAUUUUGAAGACAAUGGCAGAAGAUAUUGCUCCCCUUCUUUGUGGACUUGUUGAUGUAACAUGGACUGCAAAACAGUUGCAUGCCAUUGUGUCUAGGGAGAAUCUGUAGCAUUAUACAAAGUACAUCUAGCAAAUUUUUCUUUUUUCAAAAUUUGUUCUGUCAUAGUCUCAUAGAUUGUGUUAGAAAAAGCAAAUAUUUAACAUUGUACAUUCUUGUCUAGAAACAUUGUAAACAUGGCUUCCCCACACAUACCUUAUUAGACAAAGACAUGCACAAAAAUACGAGUAUUACUUAGAAAGUGUCCAAUUCCUAGAAAUCAAUAUAGACAAGUCACACUAAGCUUC